GCUAAUCACUGGAGUGAUUUAUAUUCCCGGACUGUCCACUUGCAUGUGGCUCGUCUCUGGAGGAGCAGGAGGCAUCGUGGCUUGUUUCACUGGAUGAUACCGGACUAAUUCAUGAUUAGGAGGUUCACUGGCUCGUCUUUUGGAUUGGGGGGACGGACUACUUCCUAAACAGGGUCCAUCCUAAUGAACCAGCUACUUCAAACCAUCAGUGCCACUCCUCCACAUGUGGUGCUUCAGAGGCUGGGAUCUGGCUAGUAUCUGGACUCCGUGAUCCGUACCAGCCCUACACAUCCCAGAAACCGGUCUAUCUGUCUGCACACAGCCUCCUGGGACCAGGUUAAUCUCUGGAUCAGCGUGUCUGGCAUGUUCUGCUUCUGCCUGCAGAGUUCCCUGCUGAAGCUCCAGGCGCUGGAGGUGGAGGGGGGCCACCCGCUGGGUCUGUCCCCAGAGGAGAGCCCCCCUGCCCUGGGCAGCAAGGAGCAGAAGGGGCCCUGUGGCCCCGUGGAGCUCGGAGGGAAGGAGGGGAAGACGCUGGCUCUCUGCCACAGCGUCCCCACGGACGAAAACAGCCCGCCAGAGCUGCUGACAGUCCUGACCAGACCUCCGCAGUCUCCCAGACACCAGCUGUUAACCACCAUCCACCCUGCUCAGCAGCCCCUGCCUCCCGAUGCAGAGCUGCCCCCCAGCCCUCACCACUCCCCCUACUCCCCACCGAGGAGCAACCCCGGAGGUGAGGGAGGAGGGGGAGGUGGAGCUCUCCUCCAGCUGCUGGCGGGCGGUCCCAGCCCUCUGCCCUCCCCCCGCUGCUCCAGCCACAGCCUGAGGUUCAACUCCGACCCCGACACGGCACCGUCACCGCCCUGCAGCCAGCAGUACAUAGUGUGUCGAGGUCGGGACAGGUCGGAGGGGUCGGAGGGAUCGGAGGACGAGUGUCUCUCCUCCGUCCCGUUCCUCAGCCGACAGAUUCAGACCCUGAAGAAGAAGGUUCGCAGGUUUGAGGAUCAGUUUGAACAGGAGAUGAAAUACAAGCCGUCCCACAACGAUAAAUACUCGAACCCCGAGAUGGUCGGAGUGAUGAGUGAACUGGCGAAGGCUCGCAAACAGCUCAAAGAGCUGAGACUUAGACAGUCUGUGUUUGAGUUGAAGGAGCAGGACGUGCCUGAAAACAUCUGCAGGCACGGCUCCGGCCAGCAGGGGGCGGCAGAGCACAAACCCACGCUAGAGGAAACGGUGGAGUCUCUGUUCAGGCGGCUGAGAGAGAAGAGACAAGCCCUGGGCCUGCCAGACAACAUGAAGGAGAUGACUCAGGCUCAGAUGGUGUUGGAGAAGAUCACUCUGCAGAAAUGUCUGCUCUACUUUGAGAGUCUGCACGGCCGGCCAGGAACAAAACAGGAGAAGAACCUGGUGAAGCCUCUGUACGACCGAUACCAGAUGAUCAAACGUUUACUGUGUGCCAGCCCGACCAUCACUACCAUAGAGGAAGAGGACGGUUCUGAUGAAGACUCAAUGAGCUCCAUGACAGUUGAUGAACCUCCUGUCACGCCUCCUCGCUGUGCCACACGCCCAGCUGUCUGCGAGGAGGACAGCGACCGGGACAGCGACCCCGCCUUCGUGUCGCCGUUAGACGAGGUGAAAGCCGUCCAUCAGCCGCCAGCUCUGACCAUGGCCGGCCUGCACGAAGCCUCCAGGUCUCAGCUGCUGGUUUGUCUGCGGGAGACGAGGGCAGAGAAGAAGACAAGGCGUAAAGUUCUGAGAGAGUUUGAGGACGAGUUUUACCGUCAGACUGGAAGAAUCUGCCAGAAAGAGGAUCGCACUCCGAUGAAGGAAGAAUACCAGGAAUACAAACAGCUCAAGGCUAAACUGCGUCUGCUGGAAGUCCUCCUCAGCAAACAGGAAGUCACCAAAACCGUGUGAGAGGAAGUGGAAACUCCCAGAGACUCCCUCCACCCUGAAACUCUGCAUGAGAAAAGAGCUUUCUGUGUUGAGAGGAGAGGAAGAGUUACAGAAAGAAACGUGUUGAGGUGCACCGACAUGUUCUUCCUUUCUAUUAUUUAUUUCAGCUACUUCAGCUGCAGAGCUCAAGAGAUCAGAACGUCGCAGCCUGAAAUAAAACUGUUGGGUCAGGUUUA